UUACUAUACACAUGAACGACACUACCUCAGAUUUCCGCAGACGACACCACAUCCUCAAUGGCGACGCAGUCAAAUGAUAUCAAUGGAGAUGAACACUCGAUCACAACAUACGGAGUGUCAUCACGACAGCGUUCACCAAACAACGUCAUACUGCAUGAAGACGCAAAAUCGUGGCUUCUGAAAAAACACGACACUAUAUUUCGCGAUAACUCCCAAGCGCAGACUACGAAACCAUUCAGUUAUCCGACGCCCCCUAAUCAAGGCUCCGGUUCCAGUUCCAUUGCGGUAUCAACAUUAAACGUUGGCGAAGUAGAGAACAGGAAGCAUGGAUCGAACAGUUUAAAACUGCCUAUUAUUCUCCCGCGACCCGUUAACAACGCUGUCCCCUCCCCGAGAGCAGUUAAAAACAGGAAGCAGCCCGUCUUCACCGUUCACAGCAUUCCGGUCGUGAACAACGCCCCCUACCUUGCACAACAACUGCUGACUCAGGCGACACCGGCCGCUCCCUUAACAUACAAGCUACCGCGCUACAAAUACCACGCCAUGGAGAGGCAUGUGAUGGGUUCAUCAGCGAUAAUCCUGCCCAGACCGGAUGUGCUUCUGGGAGUGGGUAACGGUACGAACGAGAUGUGCACCAAUAGCAGAACCCGAAACACACAAGCGGGAAAUAAGACACAACCGGAUGCGGUUAAUCGUUCAAAUGACAAAAGCGAUGCAUUGACUCCCCGGCGUGUAUUUCUAGUACAAAAGGAUGAUGAAAAUAAAGAGAUACUGAAAGCCUCUAACAGUACUGCAAUUAAUCUCCCGUUUACCGAGACUAAUGUGCAUAAUACCGUUGGAGCAUUUCUUCACUUUACUGUGAAAUCUGAAGAAAACGAGCAAAGCGCUCAAUCGGAAUCUUUUUGUGUCGAUCGACGUGAUGGAAUGCAAACGGAUACAGCAAUAGGAUCUCACGCCGGAAACCAAGAAGACCAUCUGAUGGAGGCUAUAAAUAGAGUCGCAAGUGGGGAAGCGGAAUUUGAAUCGCCCGAGACUCUCGCGAACAAGCGGAGAAAGACUGAAAUGCAGCCUUCUCAGCAAACACAGACUCCAACAAGACCAACCGGUAGUGCCAAUAUUCUUAAGGAUCAGGCUGAGAACGAUUUGCUACAGUCGCAUAUUGUUAAAACAGAAAGUGAUACAAAUGCGACGCGUUCGUCUAUGGAAAAAAGACCCAGCACGGUUCACGGAUUCGCAAAGACAAUGGAGUCUCUGACUCUGCGAUAUGGGAAGGCUUUUGUGUCACGUAACAUUGACGGCGUUAUGAAAUCGAGUAGUGACGCCAUAACGACUGUAGAGACCAACAAACUCGCCUUGGUUAAAGAUCAUCAUUUGUUGACAUCGAAGCCGAAUUCUUGUGAAAAUACGAAUAAGUCAAAGAACGUACAAUCGCCGUUAUUAAAAGAAGCAACUUCUACUCAAGGACUAAACGAACGUGCGCCAAAAAUUGAGAAAAACAAGUUAGAAGUAAGCAAAGAUAUUGGCCAUUCCGCGCAUUCGACGAGUAUCGUUCACUCACUUGUUUCAAAUACAGACUCUGAAUGUAACAGUCCACAAAGUUGUCCAAUCGUCAUAAACAAUGCGGAAACAACAAGGACACCCCUUACCGCUUCGAUAAACCCUGUUGUGCAGCUUAACAAGUUUUCUGGAAUUGAAGCCAGCUCAACAGUGAAAGUAGCCACAAGUAUCACCGGUCCGACGAACGCGAACACCAAGAAAAUUUACUUCAUUCUUAGUCACAAAGACAUUGAGACUCUCAAAGCCAAAAACAAACUAGCGAAACUCCCGAUUUCAUAUCAGAUUCCAAGCUCGGGCGAAGGGGCCAAUGGCUAUAACGCCUGCUACACAGAAUUCUGGCGCCGUAACGUCUGGAAGAUCUGACGUUCCUUACGGCGGCAACGUUACGGUGGCUGAGCUAUUGAAAAGAAAACGAGAGGCUAGUCAGAAAACAGCAGAAAGCAAGUCCAACGGCCCAAUUGAGUUAUUCAGUAGAACUGUAACAGAAAUUGAGCGCAGGAAAGUUUUAGCAAGCCAAUUUAAGGAUACUGUCAGCGUACCAAUUCGUGCACAUGAAAUGGUGAAAUCUAGCAAAUAUGCAACUUUGCAUGCCUCUGAGGGUAUAAAAGUGCUUCGACCUCAUGAUAUUGUGAUCAACAAAGAGGACCGAGCGUCAGCGUCACCGUCUAGUUCGCCUGUAGCAGGCAACUUAAAUUCGAGCCCAGAAAUCAAGCAAGCCACGAUCGACGCUCUGAAGCGCUUGACCUUCAGUGAUCAAGGGCAAGCAA